UUUGUGGGUUUUUUUCCUUUCCUGAAAAAAACAAAAAAACAAAACAAAAAAAAAAAAAAAACCAAAAAAACAAAAAAGCAGAAAAAAAACUAACAGGAAAACCCCCCCAAAAAAAAAAAAGGCAACAAAAACCCAAGCCAGCGAGCGGGGCGCGGGCAGGGCUCCGCGGGGCGCACCGCCCGGCAACUCUUAAUGACCGGGCCCCGGCGCGGAGAGCAUCGCCCGGCGGAGCGCCGCGCUUCUAGCGAGUCUUCUGCUGCCACUUCGCUGUAAUGAUUUUAAUCGCGUGGAUUUGCUUCGAGUGAACCGAGCCGAGCGAGAUUACUUUUUUGUUUGUUUUUCUUUUUCCCCCGUCCUUUUCUCCUCCGGUUCCCCCCGAGCCUGGCAGUAGCGGCGGCGGCGCGCAGCCCUCCCGUCCAUACCCGAGGCAUCUGCCGCCUGCGAGCGCUCCAGAAACCGCUUCUGUAGAGGAGCUGGAGCCCAACUUCUAUGCUCAGAAGUUGAAGUCUCCUGAGAACAUUUUUUCUGAGUGACUCCAGCUUCCAGACGCAUUUGCCAUGAGAAGGGUUCCAAUCCUUUCCUGUAUUUGCCCUGAGUCAUGAAUGGAUAUGUGUGAUGCCUGCAAGUAAAACUGGGUAAGAAGAGUGACCUUUUUUGGGGUGGCUGUAACUGAAGAUUGCUUUACAGGAGCAACUGAAGAAGGUUUUUGAGUCAUGAUGCAAGAAUCUGGGACUGAGACAAAAAGUAACGGUUCAGCCAUUCAGAAUGGAGCGAGCGGUGGCAACCAUUUACUAGAGUGCAGCCUGCGGGAAGUGAGAUCAAACGGCGAGACACCUUCCGUUGAAAUUGGGGCUGCAGAUUUAGCACAUCUCCAGCAACAGCAGGCUCUCCAGGUGGCACGACAGCUUCUCCUGCAACAGCAGCAGCAGCAGCAGCAACAGCAGCAGCAGCAACAAGUUAGUGGAUUAAAGUCUCCGAAGAGGAAUGACAAACAGCCAGCCCUUCAGGUUCCAGUGUCGGUGGCUAUGAUGACACCUCAAGUGAUCACUCCCCAGCAAAUGCAGCAGAUCCUCCAGCAACAAGUGCUAACUCCCCAGCAACUCCAAGUCCUGCUCCAACAGCAGCAGGCACUCAUGCUUCAACAGCAGCAGCUUCAAGAGUUUUAUAAGAAACAACAGGAACAGUUGCAGCUUCAACUUUUACAGCAACAACAUGCUGGAAAACAGCCUAAAGAGCCCCAGCAGCAGCAAGUGGCCACACAGCAGUUGGCCUUUCAGCAGCAGCUCUUACAGAUGCAGCAGUUGCAGCAGCAGCACCUCCUGUCUCUGCAGCGUCAGGGGCUGCUGACCAUCCAGCCCGGGCAACCUACUCUGCCUUUGCAACCCCUUGCACAAGCUGGCAUGAUUCCAACAGAACUGCAGCAGCUCUGGAAGGAAGUGACAAGCUCGCACACAGCGGAGGAGGCAGCCAGCAACAACCACAGCAGCCUGGACCUGUCCACCACCUGCGUCUCCUCCUCUGCACCCUCCAAGACCUUAAUCAUCAACCCACACGCCUCAACUAAUGGACAGCUCUCAGUCCACACUCCUAAACGGGAGAGUUUAUCCCACGAGGAGCACUCACACAGCCACCCGCUGUACGGACACGGCGUAUGCAAAUGGCCGGGCUGUGAAGCAGUAUGUGAAGACUUCCAGUCGUUCCUAAAACAUCUCAACAGUGAGCAUGCGCUGGAUGAUAGAAGUACAGCCCAAUGUAGAGUACAAAUGCAGGUUGUACAGCAGUUAGAGCUACAGCUUGCAAAAGAUAAAGAGCGCCUGCAAGCCAUGAUGACACACCUGCAUGUGAAGUCAACUGAACCAAAAGCCACCCCUCAGCCCCUGAAUCUGGUAUCGAGCGUCACGCUUUCCAAGACCGCGUCCGAGGCGUCUCCGCAGAGUUUACCUCAUACUCCCACCACCCCGACUGCGCCCAUCACUCCCGUCACGCAGGGACCGUCGGUCAUCACUACCACGAGCAUGCACAACGUCGGACCCAUCCGGAGGCGGUACUCGGACAAAUACAACGUCCCCAUCUCUUCAGAUAUUGCCCAGAACCAAGAAUUUUAUAAGAAUGCAGAAGUUAGACCACCAUUCACGUAUGCAUCUUUAAUUAGACAGGCCAUCCUGGAAUCUCCUGAAAAACAGCUAACACUAAACGAAAUCUACAACUGGUUCACGCGAAUGUUCGCCUACUUCCGACGCAACGCGGCAACGUGGAAGAAUGCAGUGCGUCAUAAUCUUAGUCUUCACAAGUGUUUUGUGCGAGUAGAAAACGUUAAAGGGGCAGUAUGGACAGUGGAUGAACUAGAGUUCCAAAAACGAAGGCCACAAAAGAUCAGUGGUAACCCUUCUCUUAUUAAAAACAUACAGACCAGCCACACCUACUGCACACCUCUCAAUGCUGCUUUACAGGCUUCAAUGGCUGAGAACAGUAUACCUCUAUACACUACUGCUUCCAUGGGAAAUCCCACUCUGGGCAAUUUAGCCAGUGCGAUGAGGGAAGAGCUCAAUGGUGCAAUGGAGCAUACGAACAGUAACGGGAGUGACAGCAGUCCAGGACGUUCCCCUAUGCAAGCGAUGCACCCCGUGCAUGUCAAAGAAGAACCAUUAGACCCAGAUGAAAAUGAAGGCCCACUAUCCUUAGUGACAACAGCCAACCACAGUCCAGAUUUUGAUCAUGACAGAGAUUAUGAAGAUGAACCUGUAAAUGAGGACAUAGAAUGAGUAUGUCUGACAUCAUUAUCCUGAGAAUGAAGAUUGGAAGAACACGUCAAACUUAGCUGUGAAAUCUCUCCAUUAUUGUACAGUCUGGAGGAUUCUCAGUCCACUUUGACAACUAUGAAAUAUGUUAACUCUUAGUGCCAUCAAGUAUCCCAUUUGGGAGUAUUUUUGAUUUUUCUACUUUUUGUUGAAAAAAGGAAUUUGUACUCUGUGCAUUGGAUGGACUUGUUUGGUACUUGGGAUUUUCCUCUCUUACAGUCAACAUCAGUGUUGUAAAUUUGCUAAACUGAUUCACUUGCAUUUAGCAGCCAGCUGUGGACUGCAGGUCCUGCCAAUUUUGGACACUUGAGGACAUCAAACUGAGCAUGUACACCUGAACUGCAGAUCAAGUCUUUGCCCAGAUUUUAAGGAUUCCAAUGGACAACAUAUUUGCACAGUACUGCAUGUUGAUUAUCACUGCCUUUACUCCAUUUUUUUUUGUUUUGUUGGUUGUUUUUUUUUUUUUUUUUUUU